CCUAUCCCACGCAAUCUAGACGACCCAUAUCUACUGAGUUAGGAUGAUUUAUUUUCCAAAGUAGAGAAUCAAUUAAUUUUAUAAAGAAUGAAAGAACAGAUAAUGUAAAAUAUCCAAGUCAACUCAGCAAAUGAUGUGGGAGAGUUUUUAUGUUGGAAGGACCACGAAUCUAGAAAUCCCACAUAUAACAUAUUGAUCAAAUCAGCAGAUUACAGAAGAGGGUUUCUCCAAAUUAUUUUGCAGCCAAAAAAAAGUCAACGUACUGAAAAUAAUCAUGUCAACUGAUCUGGAGCAGCCUUUGAUACACACCAACUAUCCAAGCAAUCAAAACAAUGGAACUUCAAACUUGCAAGAUGUUGUGAAAUGGGAGAAGAGCUACUUUGAAAUAAUGGGUUUGUGCUGCUCAUCAGAAGUUCCACUUAUUGAAGGAAUUUUAAAGCCAUUAAAAGGAGUCCAUGAGAUUUCAGUUGUUGUUCCAACCAAGACCUUGAUGGUUGUGCAUGAUAUUGAAACCAUUUCUACUUCUCAAAUUGUUCAAGCAUUAAAUAAAGCACGGCUAGAAGCAAGUGUUCGACCUCGAGGGGAAGGUAACUACACAAAAAAAUGGCCAGGGAAGUGGGAUAUAGCUUGUGGUCUAUUGCUUCUGUUGUCUUUCUUGAAAUUUGUUUACCAUCCGAUGCAAUGGUUAGCCGUUGUGGUUGUCUUCAUUGGAGUUCCAAACAUCAUAUGGAGAAGCAUUGCAUCUAUCAGAAACCUCACGUUGAAUGUCAAUGUCAUAGUUCUCGUCGCAGUUGGAGGAACAUUAGCUUUGCAAGAUUACACAGAUGCUGCAAUAAUUGUCUUCCUUUAUAAUAUAGCGCAGUGGCUUGAAUCAAGAGCGAGUUACAAGGCUAUGUCUGUCAUGUCAUCUCUUACAAGUAUGACACCUCUGAAAGCAACACUUGCUGAAACUGGAAAACAAGUUGAUGUCACAAGCGUGAAUCUAGGAACCAUUAUCGCAGUGAAAGCAGGUGAAGUUAUUCCUAUCGAUGGAGUCGUCGUGGAGGGAAAGUGUGAAGUGGAUGAGAAAGCACUGACUGGAGAAUCUUUUCCUGGCAUCAAAGAAUUUGGCUCUACUGUUUGGGCUGGAACAAUCAACUUAAACGGUUAUAUCAGUGUAAGAACUACUAUGUUAGCUGAAAACUGCUUAGUAGCCAGGAUGGUGAAUCUUGUAGAAGAGGCACAGAGUAGGAAAGCUAAAAUCCAGACAUUCAUUGAGAAUGUUGCAAAGUGGUAUAUUCCUGUCGUAGUUCUGAUAUCAGCCGGUGUUGCUGUUAUUCCUAUUGCUCUACAAAUUGGUGAUAAAACGCGUUGGUUCCAUCUUGCCUUAGUUGUGUUGGUGAGUGCAUGCCCUUGUGCAUUAGUCAUUUCCACACCAGUCACAAUUUUCUGUGCACUUUCAAAAGCUGCAACUACAGGGCUUCUCUUUAAAGGUGGAGAUUACCUUGAACUUCUUGCUAAAGUAAAGACUGUUGCUUUUGAUAAAACUGGGACUAUCACAACGGGAGAAUUUGUUGUCACGCACUUUCACUCCCUACAUGAAACAAUUAGCAUCGAGACAUUACUCUUCUGGGUUUCAAGCAUUGAGAGUAAAUCAAGCCAUCCAAUGGCAGCUGCACUUAUCAACUAUGCUGCUUCGUUUUCCAUCGAACCAAUGCCUGAAGAGGUGGAGGAAUUUCAGAACUAUCCAGGAGAAGGGAUAUAUGGGAAAAUUGAGGGUGCUCAUAUCUACAUUGGGAAUUAUAGAAUCUCUUUGAGAGCAGGAUCUCAUGCCAAUGAAUUGCAUAAGAUGGAAGAGAAAGCGAGUGGAUUCAUUUACAUGGGAGCUACUCUUGUUGGAACCUUUGGUCUUUCUGACAACUGUCGAUCAGGGGCCAUGGAAGCAAUGAAGGAGCUAAAAAAAUCAGGCAUUAGGACAGUUAUGCUAACUGGUGAUAAUCAUAUUGCAGCUCAACAGGUGCAACAUCAGCUAGAGGAAGCACUCGACAUAGUUCAUGCACAGCUUCUACCAGAAGAUAAAGCUAGAAUCAUUGAGGAACUGAAAAAUGAUGGAGUAGUAGCAAUGGUCGGAGAUGGAAUAAAUGAUGCACUCGCUUUAGCAACAACUGAUAUUGGGAUAUCGAUGGGGAUAUCUGGUUCUGCACUAGCUAUGGAGACAGGACAUGUAAUUCUCAUGUCCAAUGACAUCAGAAAAAUCCCACAAGCCAUUCAAAUUUCCAAGAAAGCCUCGAGGAAAAUUAUCGAGAAUGUGGUCAUAUCAUUUUUUACAAAGGGUAUAGUUCUUGCAUUAGCCAUUGCUGGCUACUCAAUGCUCUUAGUUGCUGUUGUAACAGACGUUGGAACAUGUCUGCUUGUAAUAUUAAACAGCAUGCUACUUCUACAAGGGACUGAGGAAUACAAGACAAGUACUAGAGCUGUUCAAAACAAGGCUUGUUGUGAAAAAACUUGCAAGGAAGAAGUCAAGUGUCAAAGUUCAAUUAGCAAAAAUGCAAAUCAAUCAAGGACUGAGAAGGCAGAGGAACCAACAAAAGGAUGUUGUGCUGCUAAAAAAUCCAGUUGUACCAAGUUAGAAGGGUCAUUGGAGAAAAAAGAUUGUGAAAUUUCAUGUGGGAAAAGUGUGUUUGAUGUUGGGUGCUGUAAGAGAGUUUCAAAUUGUAGGACUGGGAAAUGCAGAUCUUCCAGUACGUGCUCAAAGUUUGGAGGAACUACAUCACUUGAUGUGGUGAUUGCAUAAUUAGAUGCUGACUUUGUGUAAGCACACAAGCUGGCGUGACAGUUGAAAAUCAGAGUUGUAUAAUUUUUAAGUGGAGUGUCAUGUUUUAGGUUACAUGAACAGUGUAAUGCUUUACGACGCGCAUUUGUCGGGCGAUAAAUAGUGGCAAUAGUAUUGAAUUUAGUUAUAUUUGCAACAAAAUUUCAUGUUUAUAUCCAUGAUAGUAUUGAAUUUUAGUUAUAUUUGCAACAAAAUUUCAUGUUUAUAUCCA